UAUAUGGCGGCGGUUCUGUCCGCCCUGGCUGCCAGGCUCUCCCAGUCGGCCGCGGCCAGGUCCUACGGGGUGUUCUGCAAGGGGCUGACCAGGACCCUCCUCAUCUUCUUCGACCUGGCCUGGAAGCUCCGCAUCAACUUCCCCUACCUCUACAUCGUCGCCUCCAUGAUGCUCAACGUGCGGCUGCAGGUCAUUUUGCCAGAAACAUGGGAUGAGAAGAUGUGAACUACAACGUGACACAAGAGGCAACAUAGGUUUGGAGUCUUCUAUACAUGCUGAGUUCUGGAAAAGCCUUACAGAUGGGAAUAAAGAGCAAGGGCAUGAUUUUGUUAGUCAUGAGAAUUUAGCUGUGCUCAUUAUCCAUCUUCUACUGAAAUGGUUUCUCUUCUAGCAGGAAUACCAGAAUGCAGGCCUUACCAGGCCAGAGAGGAGAAAACAUCCUUGCAGAAAAGAAUUAAUUUGUUUUCAGCUGGUACAAUAACUGAACUAAAUAUCCCAGAUUCUCAUGCUUUUGAAGUGUUCUCAGUCAACAGCAGAUUUAAAAAACUUUUAGGUGAAAAGUCUUUCAGGUAUAAAUGUACUGUUACUUCCUAGAGCUUUUGAUUUUUCCCCACAAACAUAUAAGGAAAUGGAGAAUAUAUUCUGUUAAAAAAAAAAAAAAAAUUCUUUAUCCAGUGUGAAAAUGUUGAGCAGUACGCAUUUACUUGAGUAGCUUUGCAGAUUAAAAUUGUGCAGUAGAUAUUUUAAAUGUGAAUCAUUUUUCUAUAAAACAUGCCUUAAUAGUUCUGCUAUUUUGAAAACAAAAGAUUUGCUUUCAAAAUAUAUCUUCACCAUCUUUGUUUAAUUUUGGCUAUUUGGAAAUUUUCUGCAUCCUGCUGAAUGGCACACCUGAUGCAGACAUCCUUAGAGGAGACCUUGCAUCUGUACAACUGAGAUUUCUGGUAUUUGAAAAUAUAUUGAAGCUUUUAAAGAUACACAUAAAAAAAGGAAACAAAAAAGCUUUAAUUGAAUUACUUUAUAGGACAUUACUUUUUCAAAUGUGUCUAUUGUAUUUUGUACACUAAGUCAAUUUUUUUUUACAUUACAUUGCUUGUUUUAUCUGAAGCAUGGCAAUUUGCCAACCUUAGCUUUUAGUGAUAAAUUCUCCUAUACAAAGCAGAAGUUUUUAUAUCUGAGACCAUU